AUGGCGUUGCCCCUGCAGAAGCAGCCGCUGGGGGUCGGCGGCGGCAACCUCAGGCCCUCCCGCGCCUCUUCCAAGGCCUCCAGGCACGCCUCGAGGCAGGACUCCGUCCUGAUGCUCUCCGUUCCCGCGGCGGCGCGCUCUCCGAGCUGCUGUCUACCAUCGUCGUCGUCCUCGCAGAAGCCAGGCUCGGGGAGCGCCAAGGACCUCCGCACGAAGUUUUUGGCCCUGUCAUCGGGGGCCCUGGGGGCUGGCCUCAUUUUCCACCUGUCUCCCCUCUCCUCGAUGCUCCCCAGCGCCAGCGGUGGCGGUCCCGGUGGUGGGAGCGGGGAUUGGGGAGGCUUCGGAGGAGGUGGGGGCGGCGGCGGCGGUGGAGGGAGUGGGGGUCAUGGCUUCUGGUCGUGGAUUUUUUCGUCGUCCUCGGCAAUGGCGAAGAUGGAUGAACAGGACGCCAGUGGACCAGAGUGGGACUUCCACGGGCUUCCUGCCAACCUCGUGAUACCUUUGGCUAAGCUGAGCAGUAUGAAGCGGUACAAGAUCUCGGAGAUUCUCUUUUUCGACCGUCGUCGGGGUAACACCGUUGCCAGCGCUGAGGAUUCCUUCUUCGAGAUGGUCUCCCUUCGCCCCGGGGGCGUCUACACCAGGGCGCAGCUCCAAAAUGAACUCGAAACCCUAGCCACAUGUGGGAUGUUUGAGAGGGUCGAUCUUGACGGUAAGACGAAACCUGAUGGUACGCUGGCUCUGACUGUAUCGUUUGUAGAGAGCACUUGGCAGUCUGCGGAUUCCUUCCGGUGCAUCAAUGUUGGGCUGAUGGCCCAGUCGAAGCCUGUAGAAAUGGACCCUGAUAUGACGGACAGGGAAAAGCUUGACUACUUCAGGAGUCAGGAAAGGGAAUACCGUCGCAGGAUCGAACGCUCAAGGCCCUGUCUGCUUCCAGAGCCUAUAAAGAAAGAAGUCAGGCAGAUGCUGAGGGAACAAGGGAAGGUCAGUGCUAGGCUGCUGCAACGGAUUAGAGACAGGGUACAGAAGUGGUACCACGAUGAGGGGUAUGCAUGUGCCCAGGUGGUGAAUUUUGGAAACCUGAAUACAAAGGAGGUGGUCUGUGAGGUGGUAGAGGGGGACGUUACCCAGCUUGUUAUACAGUUUCAAGAUAAGCUGGGGAAUGUAUGUGAGGGGAAUACCCAGCUCGGUGUUGUUCGGAGAGAAUUACCCUCUCAGGUGAAUGAUUGUUUCGCAUAUUAACAAGUGCAUAUUAGAUGACCUCUUUUUUAUUGUUGACGUUGGGACUGAUUUUUGUUAGGUUUUCGAGUAUACUGGACAUCUUUAUGGCAUCACUUUUUUUUGUCUCUUAAUAUGGCAUUUAAUUAUUCUUUUAUGUGUAGUAAACUUUGUUGAGUAUCUUUGACACUAAAAAAAUUUCACGUUUGUAUGACUUUCUACCUAUAAUGUACUCAUUUGUGAUGAAAAAUUGUGGAAUUUAUUUGGGACAAAAAAUCUUAUGAGAUUAUCGUGUGCACAGCUUCAACGAGGUCAUGUCUUCAACAUUGAAGCUGGGAAACAAGCUCUCAGGAACAUUAAUUCGCUCGGUUUAUUUUCCAACAUUGAAGUGAAUCCCCGCCCUGAUGAGAAGAGCGAAGGAGGAAUCGUAGUGGAAAUAAAGCUUAAAGAACUCGAACAGAAAUCGGCUGAAGUAAGCACAGAGUGGAGUAUUGUUCCUGGGCGUCAAGGGAGGCCGACACUGGUAUGCAUCUGGAAGAAAAAAAUCUGCCUGUUUGAUAGAUAAAAAUUCUUCCUUUGAUAAUAGCAUAAAAUAGGACAAGAUCCUGAUCCUUUUUUUUUAUUUUUCAUAGCAAUGUUCCCUAUUGCACUAUGAACAAAGUACAUCAAAAAUCAUGUUAUGGUUGCAUGGAAGGUCCCAUGUACCAGCAGUAAUUCUAAAAUGAAGAAUGUCUGAAAGCAUUAUUGAGAAUAUGAUGAAUAGAACUCGCUCUUUCAUUGAAGUGAGAAUUACAAGUAAUUUUUUAUAAACAUUUUCUUUUAGGCAUCCAUUCAGCCUGGUGGCACAGUUUCGUUCGAACACCGGAACAUCAAUGGUUUGAACAGGUCUAUCCUUGGGUCGGUGACAUCUAGCAACCUUUUUAACCCACAGGUAUGACACUCUUAUGUAUUGCCCGGGAAAUGUUUGUGCUAUUUUUUCUUCCUCUUCAUGCCUUAUCACUUGUUGAAAAUUAGUUUAUGGAAGGAAAAGCAUCAUAUCAAUUUAGUUCUUGUUCAGUGUGCCAUCCUGUACUUCUGCGGCACACUCUCAUGCCGGGACGUGACGGCUGAGUUUUUAGAAAACAUGAUGAGGAACACGCUUUAUUUUGCAUCCUAAACCUUCCUUUUUGACUGCGAUGCAUAAACAAAGGCCAUACUAAACAUACUAGAGAAUUUUUUCCUGAAAUAUGCUCAGGCGACUUUAUUCAAAGUAAUACGAUGUGCAGCAGACUGAGAGGCACUGCAUCAAAAAGAGCUAUCAGUUUUAUUCGAAUCCUUCAAGAAGGGGAAAACCUAAGCAUGCUUCCCAUUAAAAUGAAUUUUUUAAUCCUAUAUCUUUAAUUUUAAACUUGUUGUGGCUAAAAGUUUCGCUGAUUUGAUAUGUGCUGGCUAGUCAUUGUCAAAUACGGCAAGAUUUGGUCGCCUCCCAAAUUCAAAUCCAUGGCCUUUAAUCUUUUUACUUCAAUAUAUCUUUCUGUAUUCAUAGGCGAUGGAAUAGGAAAAGUGAUUCAACAAGGAUAUUUUUGAGAAUCAAGCACCCUUCAAAUUUAUAUUUUCAUUUGCCAUACUGUUCUGUACGGUUUUUUUUUUGAGUAGUCGUUUUCGGUUUUGUCCGGUUUUUAGUCCUGGGUGAGUUCUUUGUUAUCCACCAACUAUAAGUCUUUGCAAAGUUAACUGGUUUCUCUUUACGAACUUUUGCGACCAGCUCACACGUUGACCGAGUCUAUAUCGUUUUUCCCGUACAAUAUUCUACUUGGUAUCCACAUGGGAGAUCCAAAGAAAAGAGGGGGGAAAAAAUCUAGAUCUAAUUUUCUGCCAUGCCUAUGUAGCUACAGAAUCUGUAGCAUUGUGAUAUUAGAAACAUUGACAGCUGAAGUGACACAAGUGAAAGCAGCAACAUGCUUUUUAUAUUUGCAUGGGACCAUUGAACUGCAGUGCUGUCUUGGUGUGUCCUCCAAUUUAUGGGCAAAACUGACAUUUUCAUGUUUCCCUCUCCAGCGAUUCAACCUUCUGAACGUGAAACAGAUCGGUUUUCGUGUGAACUUUCCUAGUUUACAUUAUUUAGUUCAAUUCCUUUCUUCUCGUUUCGUAAGGCAAACAAGCUGUUAGGGUUUUUCAUGGGACAGAUCUGGCUGGUAGACUCUUUCUUUGCACAGAUUGGAUCUAACAUCAACCGAUAAUCAUUUCAGACUAAUUCACAAAGAAACCAAUAUCACUAUUUGACUUUAAUAAUUAAGAAAAAAGAAGGCAGCAGUAUACUUGACAAUGUGUCCGAGUCAGUUGGCUAGUUGGUCCAGUCCCAGUCGACUUUUUAAGCCAUGCUAAUUGGUCGCUUUUUUAAGCCAUACUAGACACAGAUACCGAUCCAUAAUUCUGCUAUCAUAUCUCGUUGCAAGUUAAAUAUGUUUCUUAAUUUAGUCAACUAUUUGAUGAAGCAUUUUUUUUCAGCUGACUUGAGCUAAAAGCAAUGAUUCAUUUGUUUAUAAGUUUGCAUGCCAUUGAUCUUUUGUUAAGGGUUUUUCUUGGCACCUUCUUGCAGGAUGAUCUUUCUUUCAAGCUUGAAUACGUCCAUCCAUAUCUUGAUGGUCUAUACAGUUCUCGAAACCGAACAUUUCGUACCAGCUGCUUCAACAGUCGGAAAUUAAGCCCAGUCUUUACUGGUGGUCCUGGGAUGGACGAGGUUCCCCCCAUAUGGAUCGACAGAGUGGGGGUCAAAGCCAACAUAACAGAGGUACAGGAGAUUAUUUUGUUCACUGGUCUCAAUGGAUUUCCUUGAUAGGUAGUAUUAGUGGGAUUUGUUAUUUACAUACUUCAGUUGGGUUAAUUAUAUUUGCAGAACCUCACUCGGCAAAGCAAGUUUACAUAUGGUUUAGUUAUGGAGGAGAUCACAACACGUGAUGAGACAAGCAGCAUUUGUACGAAUGGAACUCGUACCUUGCCAUCCGGCGGAUUGAACAUGAAUGGACCUCCAACAACUCUCAGUGGCACUGGCAUUGACCGCAUGGCCUUUGCCCAAGCAAACAUCACUCGUGACAAUACCAAGUUUGUGAAUGGAGCGAUUGUUGGUGAAAGGAAUGUGUUUCAGGUAAUAUAUGCUAUAUUUAUACCGAAAUUACUUGUCAUCCCGAUAAGCCCAAGAUUCAUCCAUAUUGAGGGGGUACUUCUCGUAUAAUCUACACAAGUAAAAGAAUCUAUGACUUCUGUGACGUGCAGGAAUUUUUGUUUUAACUUUGAUCUUGUGUUUGUGAGACUUUUGUGUGAUCUAUGUGAUGAAUACUUCGGUUUUGAGAAGUCAUUGAAUGAUCUUUUCAGCGACUUACGCCUAUGGUUUUGUUUUCUGGAAGACGUUAAAUGAUCUUCAUUGUGAAAACUUCGACAUGCAGACAUUCGGUUUUAGAAGACUUUUAACGGUCUUCUUUUGCAAGCUCCAUGUUAACUCCACACUAUUACUUCUAAUUAAUUACGAGUAUCUCAAUGAAUAGAAACUUUGACUGGUAGGAACAUAUCAUUAUAUGCAAACUUCUACGGUGUAGUCACAGCUUAAUAUUCAUCCAAGUUAACUUUAUGAUUUUGAGGCCUUUGCAUGUAGUGCAAAAGUGUGUGCCUUUGUUUAACAAUUAGACCAGGUGCUUCUGGUUCACUAUGGAACCCUAGAGGAACCAUUAUUGAUUCAGUUGUUUGCAAAAAAAUAAAAGGCCAAAGAUUGCCUUUUUGACAUUUCUAGACUGAAGAUUACUUCACUGGGCCUGUGCUUUCGUUUUCCGCUCACUGCGUAGUAUAAUCGUCAUUUGUGGGCUACAUGAAUGCAGGGGGAAGCUUCUUCUUUUUUCCCGUGUUCUUCAGCUUAUACUAUUUCCCUAUUUGCAGUUGGACCAAGGUUUCGGCAUUGGCAGCACAUUCCCAGUCUUCAACCGGCAUCAGCUGACUCUAACUCGAUUCCUCCAACUGAAGGAAGUGGCAGAAGGUGCCGGAAAGCCGCCGCCGCCUGUGCUGGUCCUUCAUGGGCACUAUGGCGGCUGUGUGGGUGACCUGCCUUCCUAUGAUGCUUUCACUCUCGGCGGCCCUUAUUCUGUCAGAGGCUACAACAUGGGUGAAUUGGGAGCGUGUCGAAAUCUCCUUGAGGUAGGCGACUCUGACUGAAGUAAUUUCUCAAUAUUCAUCUAGUCAACGAUAUUAUAUAUCUUGGUUUUCUUUACCAACUUGUCCGUGCCCACAAAUCGAUUUGGUGUAUGCAUCUUCUCGGAUGAGCAAUUUAUGCCCAGAGUUUAGACUUCAGCAUGGUCCACUAGCCUUUUUUAAGAAAAUAAUAUUCUGGAUUUAGGCUUCAGCAGCAUGGUCUGUCAUAAAAGCCCACGAUAAUACAUAUGUUUAUGAAUAUGAAUUGCUGUUUUCUUUUUCCAUAGGCAAGUUAUUGGAGAAGAAGAUAUCCAGAAUUUAGGGUUCAUCGUCGUUUCUAAGUUAGCUUUUGUGAUCUUGUCCGCUUCGCAGCUCGCCGCGGAGCUUCGGAUACCCGUGAGGAACACCCACUUUUACGUCUUCGCGGAGCACGGGAACGACCUCGGGAGCUCCAAGGACGUGAAGGGGAACCCCACCGAGUUCUUCCGCCGAGUGGGCCACGGCUCUUCUUACGGCCUCGGCGUCAAGCUCGGCCUCGUCCGCGCCGAGUACGCCGUGGAUCACAACGCCGGCACCGGCGCCGUCUUCUUCCGCUUCGGCGAGCGAUUCUAG